CAAUCUCUUAUUUUAUUUCACUAAUACUUAGAUGUCGCUAGUACAAAAUAAAACAAUAAAUGGAAGACGGUGAUGAAAUAAAAGAUGUGGCAUGGUGGAGCCCACCAGCAUGCACCCUCUACUCCUAUUAUAUAAACUCUCACAACCGAGCAAGUUUUCUCCAAAGCACCAAGAAAACAAUCAAGAAAAUCUCCAUCAAACCAACGUACAUUACCACCUCACGUGCAAAAAAACUAGGUUUCCGCCGCAAAAUGGAGGCGAUCAAUAGGCUGACGGCGGACAAACCGGUGGUGAUAUUCAGCAAGAGUACUUGUUGCAUGUCUCACACCAUCAAGACACUUAUCUGCAGCUUUGGAGCCAACCCCACAGUUUACGAGCUCGAUGAGCUGCCCAACGGGCAGCAGCUGGAGAGGGCACUCACGACGGCAUCGGGGCGGAGGACGAGCUUCCCGGCCGUCUUCAUCGACCAAGAACUCGUCGGCGGCGCUAACGAGGUCAUGAGCCUCCAUGUCAAGGGAGAACUCGUCCCACUGCUCAGGAAGGCUAGGGCUAUCUGGGUAUAGUAGCAUUUUCAUGAUCACAAAUCUUAGUGGGAGAGAGUAAUCAGCUUUGAUGACUGAUUUUCCAUGUAAUCUUUUUUGUAUCUCUUCCCCGGCCCUCAUAAUAUAACUAUAUAUGGUAUUCCUACUUC